UAGGAAGAUAAAGCCUAGCAUUCCUUAUAGUGAUUUUGCAAGUGAAGUGAUGAACUCAUGUAGUAAAAAUGCAUUGUCAUGGUUUUUGCUGUACCAGUAUGUCAGUUUAACAUAUCUCCAAACGGGCACUAAGGAGAAGAUGGACAGCUAGAAGAGCAGGGGGGCACUAUUGGUGGAACAGGGGCAGUUCGGCCUGUUAUCAGGCGUGUGGCAGAUGUGUGCCUUAGGACUUCCUGUUGACUACUGAACAGAAGGUGGGUAAGAGAGUCCUCAACCCCCUCCAUCACUUAACGACACCCCUUCACCCUGCAGCCUGGGCACCAGAGAUAUCCAGCAGAGAGAGGGAGAGGGAGAGGGAGAGAGAGAGAGAGGAGAAGAAGAAAAUAGAAAGUGUGAGAGCAAGCCAUAUAACCACCUCAUUCACUUGUAUUCUAGAGAGCUCAAAUCAUCAGUAAAGAACAGUGAGACUUUUCAUCAUGGAAAUGCCUGGCUGUUCCUCCAAAUCAUUCAAGCUGUACUCCCCGAAGGAACCCCCCAACGGCAGUGCUUUCCCCCCCUUCCAUCCCGGCAGCAUGCUGGACAGAGACGUGGGCCCAACGCCCAUGUACCCCCCCACAUACCUAGAGCCUGGGAUAGGGAGGCACACACCAUAUGGGAACCAGACAGACUACAGGAUAUUUGAGCUUAACAAACGGCUACAAAACUGGACAGAGGAGUGUGAUAAUCUGUGGUGGGACGCCUUCACCACAGAGUUUUUCGAGGACGACGCCAUGCUGACAAUCACCUUCUGUCUAGAGGACGGCCCUAAGAGAUACACGAUUGGCCGGACGCUGAUCCCCCGCUACUUCCGCAGUAUAUUUGAGGGUGGUGCGACUGAGCUCUACUAUGUGCUAAAGCAUCCUAAGGAGUCCUUCCACAAUAACUUUGUGUCUCUGGACUGUGAUCAGUGCACAAUGGUCACUCAGAAUGGCAAGCCUAUGUUUACACAGGUAUGCGUGGAGGGCCGUUUGUACCUGGAGUUUAUGUUUGAUGACAUGAUGAGGAUAAAGACAUGGCACUUCAGCAUAAGGCAGCACAGAGAGCUUAUUCCCCGCAGCAUCCUGGCUAUGCACGCUCAGGACCCGCAGAUGGUAGACCAGCUGUCUAAGAACAUCACGAGAUGCGGUCUCUCCAACUCUACUCUCAACUACCUCCGACUAUGUGUGAUCUUGGAGCCAAUGCAGGAGCUCAUGUCCAGGCAUAAGACAUACAGCUUGAGCCCCAGGGACUGUCUCAAGACCUGCUUGUUUCAGAAGUGGCAGAGGAUGGUAGCUCCUCCAGCGGAGCCAGCACGGCAGGCACCCAACAAGCGGCGGAAGCGUAAGAUCUCAGGCGGCAGCACCAUGAGUGCAGGAGGAGGCACCAACAACAACAAUAACAGCAAGAAGAAGAGCCCUGCUGGGAGCUUCCCGCUCUCCAGCCAAGUACCUGAUGUCAUGGUUGUGGGUGAGCCUACUUUAAUGGGAGGGGAGUUUGGCGACGAAGACGAGCGUCUGAUCACGCGGCUAGAGAACACGCAGUUCGACGCAGCCAACGGCAUCGAUGACGAGGACAGCUUCAACAAUUCUCCAGCCCUGGGCUCCAACAGUCCCUGGAACAACAAGGCUCCCUCCAGCCAGGAGAGUAAGAGCGACAACCCCACCUCCCAAGCCUCUCAGUGAGACUCAGGCCAAGAGGGAGGGUACAGGAGGGUAGGAGAAGAGAGAGGAGGUCACGGAGGAAGUAGGGGUUUGGAGACACACGGCCGACUCACUCAUCCACAUGCAGAUCCACUUUCACAAAAUGGCGGCCAUUCAUUUCGCCCCGUCUCAACGUGCUGGAGAGAAGAGUGAGACCGUGGGUCAGAGGAGAGCCAGGACUAAGAAAAAGUGAAGUGUAAAUCAGAUGUAUUGGGUUUUAAGAACACUGUAACCAUGAAGUUGUUGGUGUUUUACUGUGCGAAUGCUCCUCUGAGGAAGGUGUAGAUAGUUCACUCGUUUAAGUUAAGAAGGAGGUUUGUUGUUUUGUCCUCAGAGGAGAAGGCCGACGUGUAAAACGCCAGCAAACUACACACACCCUCACAAAAUGACCAGACGUGAAGGAUGAUGUCAGGUGUGUUUGUUCUGAAGCCCAGCUCAUCGCUCUCUGAAGCAGACGUCAUUACAGAUCUUUCCCUGCCAUUAGUGGAAGAUUCGGACUGAAACCCAGUACACCACCGCCAUGCUGUAGAACAGCCCAGAAUUGUCAUUGUUUUAAAAGAAAAAAAAAAAAGGUGAGAUGGCAAGCAUUUAAAUGAAACGUUUUGGAAAAUUUUAUCUGCAUUUUAUACCAGCCUCUAUUUCCCUAGAAUGUUUUUAUUUUCCUUUUUUUUACCGACAUUGAAAGCUACAGACCAAGGAGCCACGAGGACUUUCACAGUCCAAAUCUCAACCUUCAAAUUAUAUUUGUUUGUAUUAUUUUUUAACAAAAAGAGAGUAAUUUAGUGUGGGCUUUUAUUUCAUUUUGUGUACUUGUGCUUGUAUAUUUAAGGUAGUAGCAAAGUUCUGUAUAACUGUAUGAAAAUGUAUUCUUCCUUAGCAUUGCCUAAAGCCAUUCUGAUCUAAUGUUUUAAAAAAAAAAAAAAAAGUGAAAAGAAAAACUCAUGAAUCUGUCUUUGCCCUUUCUCCUCGAAUUUUAUCAAUUUGUGUAAGAAGAACGAUUCAAUUAAAGUGCGCAGUCACAUGGUAAAAUGCCGGAUUGCUCUGUUCAUACUCAGUCCAAGUGCACUUGGUACUUGAAGGCCAUCCAAAGCAGUAACCCCAUCGGCCCAGUCAAGUUUAUGUUCAAAUAUGGAUUUCAAAGCCCUGUCCAGUUUUAUCCAUUUACAUUCAAAUUGUAAGAUUUCUGCCAGCCGUGCACUUGUAAUUGAAAAUAAAUGGUGAUCUGUCCCUCUUCUAACCCUGUAGACAUCCCUCUCUUUGAUAUAUCUAUUUUUUUGUUUUUCUUAGUUUUUGCCCUUGAUUAAAUUAAUGUAUGUACCAAUAAAAUAUGAAUUUUCACUUUAAAAGAUAA